AUGAAAACAAUUGAUUUUAGAGUAUUUGAAUUAUGCAAGAAAUUGAAUCAAAUUCAUUUCCCAGCUGAAUUAGAAGUUAUUGAUUACAAAGCAUUUUAUGGAUGUGAAAGUUUAAAGAAUAUUAUACUUCCAUCAAAUGUAAGAAGAAUUGAACAUGAUGCAUUUGCUUCAUGCUCAUCAAUAACUGAAAUACAACUUUCUGCUUCCAUUGAAUCACUUGGUCAAUCAGCUUUUUCAAAUUGCGAAAAUCUUUGUUCUAUAACAAUCUAUUCUAAUUUUGCACUUAAUUCUAGUGCAUUUAUAAACUGCAAGAAACUUGAAACAAUUCAUUUUGAUUCAUCAAAGAUCGACACUAUUUAUUUGACAUCUUUGACAUCCAAUUUAUCUUUUAAUAUUUCACAAGCAAAUGAAAAGUUGACAUUUCGUCCAGAAGGAACUAAUUCGUCUCUAUUCAACUUAGAAAACUUAACAAUAAGUUGCAACAUCAAAGAAAUGAUAAUAGAUUAUUCAAACUUUGUUAAAGUUAAUAACUUUAUAUACUCAGGAACCACUGAAAUAUCAGGAAACUUUUCAAAUCCAGAAAGUAUCUCAUUUGUAACAUUAGAUUCUAAAUACAAAGGAAAAUUAUUUGGUGAAAAUGUUUCUAAGUUCAAUAAAUGCAAGAGCGAUGAACAAAAGAAAUCUAAAUCAGUAACAGGAGCUAUAAUAGGCAUAUCGGUUGCAUGCAUAGUAGUUGUUGCUAUUAUUGUUAUUGUAGUUAAUUACAUAUUAAGAAGACGUAAAAAUUCUGGACUCUCAGAAGUUCUAUCUUCAAAUACUCAAGUUAAUAACGUAAUAUAA